CUCCUCAUUAGUCGAGAUAAAAGGAUAAGGUAAUCAAAAACCAUUGUGCGUCUCCUGGCCUCAUACUUUGAUGCUUUAACUAAGUUCCCCUGCUAAAGGCAAUGAAAAUGAACACCAACAUGCUCUCUACCUAUCCAAAACACUUCACUACAAUCCCAAUACCAAUUUCCUCCAAAUCUCAACAACGCCAUGUUCAAUCCUUUGUUCGUUUUCCUAUUAGAAGCAGCAGCAGUGAUAGCAAUAACAAUGCAACCAGCAGCAUCAAUGAUAAUGGCAACGAAUCACAACCCAUAACACCACCAAUAACACCGCCAAACACGUUGGAGAUUCGGUACCGAAGACGUUCAUCAAAACGAAGAAAGCAGAAGGAAGAAGAAAUGAUUAAUGCAGCAAAACAAGCUCCCAAGGCUAAGCCUCCACCUAAGGAUUGGGAAUCCAUGACUCUGACUGAGAAAGCAUUGGAGUUGUAUGUGGGAGAAAAAGGCCUUUUGUUUUGGCUCAACAAAUUUGCUUAUGCUUCUAUUUUUAUUAUAAUUGGGGCUUGGAUACUAUUCCGAUUUGUUGGUCCUGCACUCAACCUUUACCAGCUGGAUACACCUACUCCUCUUGCUCCUGAAUCCAUGUUCACUGGUUCAGGAGAGAAACCUUGAGUAUUCCAAAGUUCAACUUUGAGAUGAGAGCAAGAGGAAGAGACAUUUGUUCAGGCAUAUAUCUGGGCCUAAAGAAAGUGAAUCUUCCCAGUUUACUUUUUCCAUCUAAUUGCUUCAGUCCAAAUUUUGUAGUCUACCCCAUACUCGUUUCUAUUGGCAACCUUGCCUACUUCUCUGAUUCCAAUCCAAAGAAAUUUUAGGAUGUGAUCUAAAGGUGUAAUCAUGUACAUGCAUCUCGAUAGUUUCAUAUGUUUCAAACUAGUAUUUCUACCUUUUCUUAUCGGAACUACAAUUAUUUCUCAUUG